AUGUCCGUCUUCGACGCAUCCGCUUCAUACAAUUAUCGGUACUAUCUGCUUGCUGGACUGUACGUCGUUGUCAUAGGCGGCGCUUUCCUGCGAAUCUCGCGACAACCAUAUGCGAAGUCCAUCAAGUGGGAGCAAUACGAGACUGUGUUCAAGGGAACCACACUUCUGGCGGCGAUUUCUGGAUUUGCACUUUCUGGCCAGGUAAACAACAGAAGAAGCCAACCACACCACGAUCCGACCAGAGAUUGCUCCAUUCGAACCCACCUGAGACCUUCAAAGCGGACAGUGGAUGGUACCGGUGUGACUCGCUUGCUGUUCAACGCCAUCAGCAACCCCUGUUGCUGUUACCUAGAAGCAAUCAAUAGAGGCAAUUACCUAGUCGUAAGGCCGUCCAAAGCUGGGAAGAUGAUCGCUGGAAAAUUUACCAAACGGCGCCGAGAGUCUGAGGAUGUCCCCCCGUCACCGCGACAAAGAAUCAAGUUCGACUCAACCAGAAUAGAAGAUCAACUCGCCGAGUUGGGAAGCAACACGUGGCCACCUGAUACCUCAGACAACGUCCAAGAUACUGCCAAUCCUGUAGAGUAA